AUGCGGCUAUCGAAGAAAAAAACAUCGUUAGUGUAACUUUGUGAUGCGCAACCUGCAAAGUGAUUGCGGCUGUCAUGCUGGGCAUGCAUUAAAAGGUCCACUCAAGCCCGUUUUCACGUACCAUCUGCGCAUGCAGGGUUUUUGCUCUCAUGCAAGACAGAUUUGUCAUGCUGUUCCUCCAAAAAAGUUACACCUACAAACUUUUUUUCUCGGAUAGGGACGCGCUCUGCUCCAGCUCCAGUUUCGUGACCGUGCUGAAACAAGAAAAGCUGGUGUGGGCCGUGCAACGUUUGACUUUUUGUUGUAAGUACUUACGCACUUAUGUAAUACUAGUAACCACCUCCCGAUAACCAAAAAAUCACUAGGAGCUCCACAACCUCGACAAACACCACACAAAUUCAAAACCCCCGGGGGACCCUUGUUGGCGCGAACCGGCGCGCAAGCCCAAGCAGGCACUCGGGCGCCUUUUUCUUGUGGCGUUCUUACUUCCCUCACCCUCCCUGGGCGCGGCAGGCUAGGGGCGCUCCUAGUGCGGCCGGCCAUGAGCUUUCCAGGUUUGCAGGCUUCUAGCGCCAGCCGCGCGCGCCAUUUGGGGGCGACAAGGCCGACAAGGUUGCCUACUACCCUGCGUCGCAGGCGGCUACCGGUAGGUGGCUUGCUAAUUGUGUGCGCGGAGGGGCUUGGUUUGUCCUAAGGAAAGGUCUGCCACUGGCUGGUCGGCCACUGACUGGUGGUCCGCCAUGGCAGGUCUUCCACAGCUGGCCCGCUGCCUGUGGUUGGUCCGCCGUGGUUGGUCCGUCAUGGCAGGUCUGCCGCAGCUGGUCCGCUGUGGCUGGUCCGCCGUGGCUUGUCUGCCAUCGCCAUGAUAGGUCUGCCACACCUGCUGGCCCGCCCGCCGUGCCCGGUCUGCCACAGUUGGCCCGCCGUGGAAGGUCGGCAACGGCCGCUGUUCCGCCGUGGCUGGUCUGCCACAUCUGCUGGGCUGCCGCUGCUGGUCCGCCGGGCGUGGCAGGUUGUCCGCAGCUGCUGAUCCGCCGUGGCUGGUCUGCCAUACAUUGCUGGCCCCCCGUGCCCGUGGCAGGUCUGGUCGAUGCCACCGUUGGCCCGCCAUGGCACUUUUGCCGCAGCUGCUGUUCCGCCGUGGCUGGUCCGCCCUGGAAGGUCUUCAAUCCCGCGCGCUUUUCUUUGGGAGUUGGCCCCGAGCCCUUUCCGAGCUGGGUCGCUUCCGUUGUGUUUGCCUUGGGAAAUGCGCGGAAGCCUUCCCCCGAUUUUCGCAAAGCCCUUCGCCACAUGCACAUGGAGGCUGGGCUGCCGCGGCUGGUCUGCCACUGCUGGGCGGCCCGCCGUGGCAAGUCUGCCGCUGCUGGUCCACCGGGCGUGGCAAGUUGCCCACCGCUGCUGAUCCGCCGUGGCUGGUCUGCUAUUGCUGGCCCGCCGUGUUUGUGGCAGAUCUGGCGCCACCGCUGGUCCGCCAUGGCACUUCUGCUGCAGCUGCUGGUCCGCCCUGGAAGGUUUGCCAAGGCUGCUGGCCUGCAGGUGCAACGUUUGACUUUUUGUUGUAAGUACUUACGCUCUUAUGUAAUAUUCUCACCACUGUAGUUGUACUAAGUACCACUUGA